GUGUGAAAUCCGGAGCAAGAGGUUGCGCAGACCCCAUGCUGUAUCCACCAGCGCGCAGUUUAGGGCGUAACAUCAAUGCUCCUACACGACUAUAUAGGUCUACGUUCGUCGUAGGCAGAUCGGGAUCCGCGGGAGCUAGCAGGGCUUGAACCGACUAGGGAUCUCUCGUCAGCAAUGGCUCGGGAGGCCUAUGAGCGCAGUCCUUCAGGGUCGUGGGAUGCAGAUGAGGAUGACAGUGAUAGCGACUUCCCCGUUGGCGGCAUCUUUCCUGAUAACGGGCUCAUCUCCACCGCAUUACUGGCUAACUCGCUUCGUGCGCACGACUUGCGGGCAUCACUGGAAGCCCUGGCUAAACUAACCAAUGAUCCGGCGAUGGAUUUCGCCUCCCCGGACCUGCUUCCGCCGGGUUGGGAUGCUGCAAAGGAGUUUGUUGGAUACGUGCUACAAAACGCGUUCGACAAGUUUUACCGCGUCGAUGCGUUCCUGCGAGCACACCAGGACUACCCUGAACAGCUCUUCGCGUGCAUGUACUACCUCUGCUACGCAUGUAGCGGCUUAACAUCCAUCGUCGCAGAAUCAUCGCACAUCUUUGGCGAUGCGCAUGACCAUGAGUUGCAGAUGUUGCUUGCAAACACAUUCAACAUCCUCGACAUCCGUGCGGGCAUCUACACUUUGCUCUGCACGCGCCAGCUACCCGACCUAGAGCAACUCAUAGAGCGCACGCGGACGCACCUGCAGCCGCGGGCGCAGUGGCAGGUCAGCAGCGGCGAGUCAGAUGAUGAUGUGGGCUCCGCCGAUGAUGCGGAGCAGGAGGGCGUGGGCGUCAUCCACCUGGGCUCUGCGGACCGCCACCAGCCCUGGCGAGCCUUUCUGGUGCAGCUGCUGCAGGCGCUGGGCUUCCUGGAUAGUGCCGCCAAGAUCAUGCAGUCCCCGCGGCCCCACUCGCUGCAGCUCUACUGCUCGCUGCUGCAGACGGUAUUCCUGGUCCUGCGGCUGCUCCGUACGGUGGCCCGCCAGCCCCCACCCGAGCAGCGACUGGCGCAGCUGGAGCAGGGCUUCUCCUCGCUGCUGCGGUGGCUGUGCGAGGAGGUGCUGGCGGACCCGGAGCGCCUCUUCGCGCCGGGGCGGGGGGGGGGGGCGGGAGCGGGGGCGGGGUUGGCAGUGGCUGGCACCCCUGCUGCAGAACUGCACGGAGCUGGCGGAGGAGAUGGAGUGCUGCAAUGAGCAGCUGACGCUGCUGUACCGCGGGGUGGUGUGCGAGCUGUUGCGCUCCUCCAGCUUCUCGCGGCUGCUGGCGGCGGUGCAGGAGUGCCGCAACCUGCUGGAGUACUCGCGGAGGCGGGGGGGAGGGG